ACAACGGUGGCGCAAAAAAAAAGGAAAAUAACAACAAAAUAUUUAAAUAAAAACAAACGGUAAUAGCUCUUCUUCAGUUACCAACCACCCCCACCUGUCGCACUUUUAUUCCCACGUUUUGCGCGUGCGUGCGCGAGCAGAGCAGCAAAAGCGAAAAAGUCCGAAAUCCAAACCAAAAUAAAUCGCCAGUCUCCAACUCGUCUCCUCCAUAGCAGGUUCACUUCGAAAAUCGCGCGGUUCGCGGUUGGCUGUUCGAAAAUUCCGAGGUUUCGAACGAAAGUCGCGGGCAUUACGCUGAUAACAAAAAUUAUUUGCGAAGAUUAACCAAAUACAGUGGAACACAAAACUCGGUGUGCUCUAGUUUUAAAAUAUAAUAAAAAUCCAAAUUUCUGGGGAAACUCUCGAGUGAAAACGAGAACAUCCUGGCUGCCAGCAAAGAACUAUCGAUGAUUGGCUCUCACGGCUCCAGACUCCAAAAGAAACGCGCCCUGAACAGCUAUUCCAAUUUUCCCUUAUAACAGUUACUCCCACCCCCAUUCGUUGGCGAAUUAUCGAGAUAUAUACCAAAGAUAUCGCAGUGCAGACAUAUAAAUUAAACUAUUAGCCGUAACUAGUCAAUGCCAAAAAUGAUAGUGGAUAAAUCGGAACUGGUGGGCGAGAAUGCCUGGGCGAAACUGUUGCCCGAGGAGAAGGAUAAGCCGGUUAUAGUCAAGAUGAACAGCAGUAGCAACAAUAACGACUCUAAGGACACCACGCCCCUGAAUGUGGAUCAACUGGUGGCGGCCUCCAAUCCUGGGAUUGCAGGCGAGCAGGGAGCGGCGUGUCUGGAAGAGACCUACAAACGCACCGCCACCUAUGCUUCCAAUAUUAAUUCCACGGGAGGCGAGUCGAGCGGAAGUGGAACGCAGCUUUCCCGCAAGGAGUCCAUAUUGGGCAGCUUCCACAGACAAAUACGGCGAUCCAUUAAAGCCGUUAGCGAAUCUCCCGGCCCACUAACCAGGUACCGGCAGACACGCUUCAGCUCGCGGCGUGUUAGAAAACGUGUGGUCUUCAAGCACGGUGAGUGCAAUGUGGUGCAGGGAAAUGUGGCGAAAAGACGGCGUCGAUAUCUGCAGUUUUUUUUCCAGGACAUAUUCACCACCCUGGUCGACGCUCAGUGGCGCUGGACGCUGCUCGUCUUCGCCGCCAGCUUUGUCUUCUCAUGGGCCUUCUUCGGAUUCAUCUGGUGGAUUAUCGCCUAUGCUCACAAUGAUCUGGAGUACACCAUCCUGAAGAACAACUCCCCCGAUCUGGUGGCCAAUAUGACGCACACGGUCUGCGUGACCCAGGUGUCGAACAUGAUGUCCGCCUUCCUUUAUUCCGUGGAAACGCAGACGACGAUCGGUUAUGGUAAUCGCUAUGUGACGGAGGAGUGUCCCGAGGCGAUAUUCACCAUGUGCAUCCAGUGCAUCACGGGCGUCUUUAUCCAGGCCUUCAUGGUGGGCAUUGUGUUCGCCAAGCUGUCGCGUCCCAAGAAGCGUGCCCAAACGCUGCUCUUCUCCCGAAACGCUGUGAUCUGCCAUCGGGAUGGAGUUCCCUGCCUGAUGUUCCGGGUGGGCGAUAUGCGCAAGUCGCACAUCAUUGAGGCUCACAUCCGAGCGCAGAUCAUCCGGAAAAAGGUGACGAAGGAGGGCGAAGUGCUGCCCUUCUUCCAGCAGGAGUUGCAUAUCGGAGCCGAUGGUGGCGAGGAUCGGCUGAUGUUCAUCUGGCCAACGACCAUAGUGCACAAGAUUGACAGGAAUAGUCCGCUGUAUAUGCUCUCCGCGUCGGAUAUGCUCAAAGAACGCUUCGAAGUGGUGGUUAUGCUGGAGGGUGUCAUCGAAUCCACUGGCAUGACCACACAGGCCAGGAGCAGCUACUUACCCUCGGAGGUGCUGUGGGGCCAUCGCUUCGUGAAUGUAGUGUCCUUCCGCAAGGAGACCGGCGAGUACGAGGUGGACUACACGCUGUUCAACAACACCUACGACGUGGACACACCGCUGUGCAGCGCCAAGCAGCUGGACGAACUGAAGUCGGAGUACACGAAGAGCGCCAAGAGUUGUCCCGGCCUCGGGGUGAAUGCACCCUUUGCGGAUCGCACGCUCUCGGCCAGCAUGUUUCAGCGGAUCGCCUCCGCCGCCUCGGUGGAUCAUCUGGAUCCGGCGAGCGACGAGUCGCUGGACUCGGGCCGUCUGCAGAUCCGCUCCCAUUCCAUACCGAACGGCGUGCUGGCCAGCGAGCUGGAGCCGCUGAAUAACAACAAGCACGGCGCUUCGUUCACCAUGGGCGGUCUGACCAUCACGACGACGGCGCCCAGCAUCCCCAACCUAUCCAGUAUUAACGAGAAGACCAACUCCGGCAAUUCCAUUAACAGCAGCAACUACAGCAAUAACAAUAGCCUGAGCACGCUGACCGGAGGAGGAAGUGCUGCCAGUGGACCCGGCGGUGGUAUCACCAUUGUGGCCGGCUCUGGCAACAAUGGAGGCGGCAAGCACAAGUCGAACCCUCGUCGGCUGAGCAUCAAGCAGGACCAGCUGCCCAUCGAUUCCAUUUGUUGAUAUUAUUAAAUUGAGUUAUAUGAUGUUGUAUUCUAGUAAAGCAUUAGGCUCCCACCAUAAUUCUAACUGAAACUAAGCUAAGCGAGAUUCCACGGAGAGCUCAUCUGUCAUAGCCAUAGAGCUGCUGCAGCUGUGAACACCCACACUAUUAAUGCCCUGCUGAACUGGAGGCAAUCUGAUUGUUAUCCACCCACCCACUAAUCCUUGAAACGAUUGUACUAUAUUAUAUGUGUAGGCUAAGAUGAUGAAUGAAUGAUUCGCGUUGUUAGCUUUACUUGUAUUGAAUUUACUAUAGUUAAGUUACAAAUUGAUAUUACACCGCAAAGUAAGAUGUGAGACACAGAAACCAAAAUGCUGCAACUUCCUCGUAAGCUUAGACCUAUAGAGAAAUGAUAAAACAGCUCACAAAUAAUAUACAGAAAUGAAUUUGAAAUUUAUGCGAAGACGCAACGGAAUUGUAAAUUCCCUUUUACCCGAUAAUAGUUGUUAAAUGUUACUCACUCAAUGAGAUAGAAAAUGUAAAUCUAAAAUUAAAAGAGUAAAACUGUUUCAAAAACAAGAGCUUCAAUUAUAAAUAAAAUGAGUGGACAAUAAAAUUGUAUGAGUAUGUGAAUGGUUGAUUAAUGUAUUUUAUAUUUAAGCGUCACCCGAAUUGUGAAUAUGAAAGACGGAAAAUAUAAUAUAAGAUGAAAACAGAAAAAAGUCA